CCACGCUGGGCCCCGCUCACCGACAUGCUGACCUUCUUCCUCGUCUCCGGGGGAUCCCUCUGGCUGUUCGCGGAGUUCAUUCUCUCGCUUCUGGAGAAGAUGCAGACCCAGGAGAUCCUGAGGUUGCUGCGGCUGCCUGAGCUGGGUGACUUGGGCCAGUUUUUCCGCAGCCUCUCAGCCACCACCCUCGUGAGUGUGGGUGCACUGGCCGCCAUCCUCGCCUACUGGUUCACUCACCGGCCAAAGGCCUUACAACCACCAUGCAACCUCCUGAUGCAGUCAGAGGAAGUGGAGGACAGUGGCGGGGCCCGGCGAUCUGUGAUCGGCGACGGCCCUCAGUUGCUCACCCACUACUACGAUGAUGCCAGGACCAUGUACCAGGUGUUCCGCCGUGGGCUCAGCAUCUCAGGGAAUGGACCCUGUCUUGGCUUCAGGAAGCCGAAGCAACCUUAUCAGUGGCUGUCCUACCAGGAGGUGGCUGACAGAGCUGAAUUUCUAGGGUCUGGACUUCUCCAACACAAUUGUAAACCAAGUACAGAUCAGUUUAUUGGCGUUUUUGCACAAAAUCGGCCAGAGUGGAUCAUCGCAGAGCUUGCCUGCUACACGUAUUCUAUGGUGGUGGUCCCGCUCUAUGACACCCUGGGCCCUGGGGCUAUCCGCUACAUCAUCAGGACAGCCGACAUCAGCACCGUGGUCGUGGACAAACCUCAGAAGGCCGUGCUUCUGCUGGAACAUGUGGAAAGGAAGGAGACUCCAGGGCUCAAGCUCAUCAUCAUCAUGGAGCCGUUCGAGGAAACUCUGAAAGACAGAGGGCAGGAGUGCGGGGUGGUCAUUAAGUCCAUGCAGGCUGUGGAGGAAUGUGGCCAACAGAAUCAUCAGGCUCCUGUGCCCCCGAAGCCCAGCGACCUCUCCAUUGUGUGUUUCACAAGCGGCACAACAGGCCACGAAGUCAGAACUGGAAGCUAAGCUGUCCUGCCCAGGCUCUGUGUGGUGGCAGUGGGAUGUACGGAGCCUGGCCAACACGUCGCGAUUUAGUGCCCAAGCCUCCCACUCCAGAGCUGUUGCUGGUGCCAGGGGCAGAGCUGGACAGUCGAGCACACCUCUCAUCACCCUGCCUGGCUGUGCUUGGAUUUCCUUGGCCUUCGCCUGAGCAUGCUGUGCCCCUGGUAGCCAACCUGUUGUCGACCACAUCAGCAAUGCGUGUCCUCAGCCUCACAGCCCCGGCCGGACCCAGAGACCCAGCGGCCCAGCUUCCCUUCCAUAGUACGCGUCCUGGCUCUUCACUAAGAGCCACACUGUUCUCCUGGUGGGGAAAGAUGGGAAAGAUGGAAAAUAUGAUCUAAACCUGACAU